AUGCACAGCAAUGGAUUGUAUAGCGGCAUACUAAAGACCAGCUGGUACCUGCAAGAGUCCAGUCUCCAUCCUGCUGUGAUCAGUACUCUUCUCGAAGGUUCGGUGCUAAAGUCAUCUCAGCUGCUCAUCCGGCAACCAGCAUUGUCAAACGACUCAAACCAACGAACCACCCAAGAGAGCACCAUGUCUUGA